UCUGAGAUGCGGGUUGGCGCUGAUUUGGCAGCACGAGGGGGACCUACACAAUAUUGGGCAAUAAAUGUUGUGGCUGAUUGGUGUAAAUUAAGGUGUAUACUUGAUUUAUAUGGCUGAUGUAGACUCUACAUGAAGAUCUGUAGAGUAAAAAAUUCUCCUAACAAACUCAUCUUCAAGCUCCUCAACAAAUUCAGAUAAAGCAUUUUACUAUUCAUGAUAUUGGUUACAGUAACUCCCAGUACCAAAAUAUAUAAUAAUAGUAAUAGUGGAUGAUGGAUCAGGCCUUCAAAAACAGUAAUUUGACAUCAGUGCAUGUAAGAUACAUCUGAAAGAUUCUUCAUAGCCACUGUAUUAAGCCUGGUUUCCCAGUUUAAGUCUCUUUAUUGAAUUCUUCACGGAGAAUCAUGAUUAUAAGAUAGAAAAACAAAUUCCACUGUAGUGAAUUAAAAUGGUUUCUCUGCUCUCCAAACCCCAGUAUUACUGUAAUCCUGCCUCUUCUCCAAUGGGAUUAAUUUACUCAUUUGGUAAUUUGAACAAAUCAAGGCCUGUGAUUGGUGGAUGUGAAUGGAGACUGUGACUGUUCAUGCGUAUUAAUUUAUUGUGUUGCUGUGGGCUUUUAUCGUGCAUUAAGAUCCAUGUUUCUCAGCAGACACCUUAUUUAAAACCUGUGCUGUCCUGUUCAAAAGUGCCUACCUUUUAUUUGAUAUCAAAGACUACUGAUCAUCUGAACAGAUCAGAAAUAUACUGAUGGGAACAUAUUGUGGCAUGCUUGACCUUUCAAAAUGUGGCACUUUUUAUUAUGAAUAAAGCCACGGUGAAGAUAAAUACCUGUUGUUCGUUUGAUAUAAUAUGUAUGAAUUAAACCAAAGUCCCUUUCAAGGCAAGUCAGUCCAAUCGGCGGUCAUCUUGGGAACACUCCCGGGCAGCUGUUUUCUAUGGAUACAAGCGGCAUGAAAGUACAGCUCAUAUCUACUUGAAUGUGGAAAGACCGAAAUCUCCAAAACGUUUGGCCAAGAUUGCAAUCAAAGAACAUAUUUUAAACCAGCAGUUAAAUCUGACAACACUGGGUAUCAUAAGUUGUGCUUCUUUACAUCAGAUUACACAAAAAAAAGAAAAGCUGGUCCCAGUAAUAGAGCCUAACAGUCAGGUUCCGGAAGUAAAUAUCCCAUUAAUUUUUCUAUUGACGAAUUCAUACAUUUUGACCGAAAACUUGUAAACCUUUAAAGACAGACCAACUGUGAGCUCUGAGGUUGUUCAUCGAUGGUAUAUGCUUCCAUUGAAGCCAUCCGUCUGUGUUAUUUCAACUUCAUUCUUUAAAAAUUGUGUUUCUGGGCCUGGGUAGCUCAGCAAGUAAAGAUGCUGACUAUCACACCUGGAGUUGUGAGUUUGAAUCCAGGUUGUGCUGAGUGACUCCAGUCAGGCUUCCUAAGCAACCAAUUGGCCCAGUUGCUAGGGAGGGUAGAGUCACGUUGGGUUAACCUCCUCGUGGUCGCUAUAAUGUGGUUCUCGCUCUCGGUGAGUUGUGUGGAUGCCGCGGAGAAUAGCAUGAAACCUCCACAUGCGCUAGGUCUCCGCGAUAACGCGCUCAACAAGCCACGUGAUGAGAUGCGCGGAUUGACGGUCUCAGACGUGGAGGUAACUGAGAUUCGUCCUCCGCCACCCGGAUUGAGGCGAGUCACUACGCCACCAUGAGGACUUUGAGUGCAUUGGGAAUUUGGCAUUCCAAAUUGGGGAGAAAUUACAAAAAAAUUAAAAAUCAUGUUCCUGGUGGAAAAACUACACUACCAAUGGUCCAGCAGAGAAAGAUCAACCAAUCAGAGAACUGCGGCCAAGAAAGCCCAGAAGUGACCGCCCACUCCCAUGAUGCACUGUGAAAGACACCAAUGAGUCGUCUCAAACUACUUAUAUAUUUGUAUUCAUCAGAAUAUUUCGCAAUAAAUGUAAACUGUAUCGUUUCUAUGCUUAUUAUCAAAAACCUAACAUCAAUAGUUGUAUAUAUUUCAGUCUUUUUAUAUUCGAUUAUGACAUUUGCAAUGCUUCAUGGGAUUGUAGUUCGUGCCGGUAGGUACAUAGUCUUGUACCUUUGUCUUUAAGUCUGAUUGUCAAAUACUUUUUUGCUUCAAAACAAAGUGUGUUUCCCAGCCCUACCAUUUAGCCCGUGUUUACAUAGAAAACAAUAAAAAAUUAAAAAAACUGCACAGAUGUACACAAAACCAUGUUCGGUGUAAUGAACUGCAUAUUCUGCGCUGUGAGAGAUGACUUUUAUUUUACAUUUCACCCUAAGGAAAGUCAAGGACUUUUAUUCUAUUUCUCACAUCAUUCAGCUUCAGGAUGUUAUUAUACCAUCGCAAUGGCUCAAGGCAAACAGAAAUGUAAAGAGCAGCGACCUGGAGGAGCAAAGAAUAAACAGAACAACCCCAAAGGACUCAAGAAAGGAGGAAGAAUAAUCGCACCCAAGAAAGCUCAAGUGGUCCAACAACAGAAACUCAAGAAGGGUUUGGAGGUGGCCAUCAGGAAUAAGAUUGAACAGGAAGUGACACAGAAGGCGAGCACAUCCUUGCAUAAAAAACUGAGUGUCCUGAACACCCCAGUGAGGAAGAGUGGGAAAUCAGGACCCCCAAAACCUGCUGCUGGAUCAUCCAAAUAACACACCAGAACUCGUUCGGAGCUUAAGAUGCGAUGAACUGCUUACAUGCAAACAGUGUAAUUUCCUGUAUGGACACUAGGUGGAGCUAGAAGCCAUAUUGUAAAGACUGAUUGCUUGACAGUAAAAUUUUAUGGACUUUGCAAGAUAAGAAAUGUGGUUUGAUGUUUGCACACUGCAGACUGUAGACACUUUAUGUGGCUAUUUUUAGAUAAUUUUUACAUUAUAAAUAAAAUGACAACUAUUUGUGAUCUUA